AUGCAUUAUUCAGAUAUCAGCGCGCUUGUGGAAAAGGUCGGUGAACCGGGCAUGGGCGGUGAUGGGGAACUGCUAGACGUCGUCCGUGAGCUCGACCGCGCCUGCAAGGAUGCCGGCUUCUUCUACGUGAAAGGCCAUGGGAUAGCCGAGUCACUAAUGGUGGAAGUCAGGGACGUCACGCGCAGCUUCUUCCAGCUCCCUCUCGAGGAAAAAUUGAAGAUCAGACUGACACCUCGGACAGGAUACAGAGGGUACCAGAGAGUGGGCGAGAACAUCACCAAGGGAAAACUUGAUAUGCAUGAAGAGAUCAAUUGCUACACGCAUAUCGAACCGGGAAAGUAUGGAGAUCUCGGCAAGCAUUUGGAAGGAGAUAAUUUGUGGCCCGAUUGCCCAUCAAAUUUUGAAGUACUUCUAGAUAACUAUGCAAGCCUUCUUCGAGGUUACCACUCAGCUCCAUUUUUUAAGGGGGAGGAGGAAAAAUUCCCCACUUAG